GCUUUUCAGGCUCUUCCGCUUUGCUCUUCUGCUUGGAAUGAAUUGAAAUCUCCGCGAGCCGCCACGGCUCUGGUACUUUUAUAAAACUGUCCUUGCUCUCUCUGCGUUCGUCCAGUCAAGGGUAUCUUUGCUUGAGAGGCAGCCUAGCUUGGGCCUCCCAGCUUCCCAGCUACUGCCUGCUUCGCAGACCUGACGGAAUCAGAAGGUGCUUGAUGCUCCACAGUUGGUCUGCUGCCAAUCCCCACCCUCCAUGAGCCUUGGUUCUGAUGCAACCUUUGGUCAUGCAGGGAUGCCCUUACACCCUCCCACGAUGUCAUGAGUGGCAUGCUGCUGACCGGUUUCAUCACAGCAGCAGCCUCCGAAACACCUGUCCUCAGCCUCAGGUUAGAGCUGCGGUCACCAUCCCUGCUCCACCUUGGGAUGGGGCCGGGGAUCCCUGCCUAAGUCCAAAGCUCUUGAACGGGACCGUUGGAGCCACUGGGCCCCUGGAGCCAUCAGCCAUGAAUCUGUGUUGGAAUGAAAUAAAAAAGAAGUCUUACAACCUCCGUGCUCGCCUAGAGGCCUUCUCAGACCACAGUGGAAAACUUCAGCUCCCGCUCCAAGAGAUUAUUGACUGGCUCAGCCAAAAGGAUGAGGAGUUGUCAGCUCAGCUCCCCUUGCAAGGGGAUGUGGCCCUGGUACAACAGGAGAAGGAGACACAUGCAGCCUUCAUGGAAGAAGUCAAGUCUAAGGGCCCCUACAUCUACUCUGUGCUGGAAUCCGCUCAGGCUUUCCUGUCCCAGCAUCCAUUUGAAGAAUUAGAGGAGUCUCAUUCUGAGAGUAAAGAUACCUCCCCCAGACAGCGAAUUCAAAAUCUUAGUCGCUUUGUAUGGAAGCAGGCAACAGUGGCCAGUGAGCUGUGGGAGAAGCUGACAGCCCGCUGUGUAGAUCAGCAUCGCCACAUUGAGCAUACUCUGGAACAUCUAUUGGAGAUCCAAGGAGCAAUGGAGGAAUUGAGCAGUACUUUGACCCAAGCAGAGGGAGUCCGAGCCACGUGGGAGCCCAUAGGAGAUCUCUUUAUUGAUUCCCUCCCAGAGCAUAUCCAAGCCAUCAAGCUAUUCAAAGAAGAAUUCUCUCCUGUGAAAGAUGGGGUGAAGUUAGUGAAUGAUCUGGCCCACCAGCUUGCCAUCUCUGAUGUGCACUUGUCAAUGGAGAAUUCCAGGGCUCUGGAACAGAUCAACAUCCGGUGGAAACAGCUCCAGGUGUCAGUGGCUGAGAGGCUUAAGCAACUCCAGGAUGCCCACCGGGACUUUGGGCCUGGGUCACAGCACUUCCUCUCCACUUCUGUCCAAGUUCCCUGGGAAAGAGCAAUUUCUCCCAAUAAAGUCCCCUACUACAUCAACCACCAGGCUCAGACCACAUGCUGGGACCAUCCUAAGAUGACUGAGUUAUACCAAACCCUAGCUGAUCUGAACAACAUUAAGUUCUCAGCUUACCGCACUGCCAUGAAGCUCCGCAGAGUCCAGAAGGCCCUGCGCCUGGAUCUGGUAACUUUAACUACAGCUCUGGAGAUCUUCAAUGAGCAUGACUUGCAGGCCAGUGAACAUGUGAUGGAUGUGGUGGAGGUCAUUCACUGCUUGACUGCCUUGUAUGAACGACUGGAGGAGGAAAGAGGCAUCCUGGUCAAUGUGCCACUGUGUGUAGACAUGAGCCUCAACUGGCUCCUCAAUGUUUUUGAUAGUGGUCGCAGUGGAAAGAUGCGAGCAUUGUCCUUUAAGACUGGCAUCGCAUGCCUGUGUGGCACGGAAGUGAAAGAAAAACUUCAGUAUCUCUUCAGCCAAGUGGCCAAUUCAGGCAGCCAGUGUGAUCAACGCCAUCUCGGUGCCCUGCUUCAUGAAGCCAUUCAAGUGCCCCGUCAGCUGGGUGAAGUGGCAGCAUUUGGGGGCAGCAAUGUGGAGCCCAGUGUCCGUAGUUGCUUUCGCUUUAGCACUGGCAAGCCAGUCAUUGAAGCUUCCCAAUUCCUGGAGUGGGUCAACUUGGAGCCCCAGUCUAUGGUGUGGCUGGCUGUUCUGCAUCGGGUCACCAUCGCUGAGCAAGUGAAGCAUCAAACCAAGUGCUCUAUCUGUAGACAGUGCCCCAUCAAAGGGUUCAGGUACCGGAGUCUGAAACAGUUUAACGUGGAUAUCUGCCAGACCUGCUUCUUGACAGGCAGGGCCAGCAAAGGCAACAAGCUCCACUAUCCCAUCAUGGAGUAUUACACACCGACCACAUCUAGUGAAAACAUGAGGGACUUUGCCACAACCUUAAAGAAUAAAUUCCGCUCCAAGCAGUAUUUCAGUAAACACCCUCAGAGAGGUUAUCUGCCCGUGCAGUCAGUCCUGGAGAGCGACUGCAGUGAGACACCUGCUUCUUCCCCGAUGUUGCCACACGCUGACACACACUCUCGAAUUGAACAUUUUGCCAGCAGGCUUGCUGAGAUGGAAAGUCAAAAUUGUUCCUUUUUUAAUGACAGCCUGUCCCCGGAUGAUAGCAUUGAUGAGGACCAGUACCUGUUGCGGCACUCCAGCCCCAUCACAGACCGAGAGCCGGCCUUUGGACAGCAGGUUCCAUGCAGCAUGGCCACAGAAAGCAAGGGGGAGCUAGAGAAGAUCCUGGCCCAUUUAGAAGAUGAGAACCGGAUUCUCCAGGGAGAGUUGAGGCGCCUGAAAUGGCAGCACGAGGAGGCAGCCGAGGCACCUACCCUGGCUGAGGGCUCUGCUGAAGCCACCCCAGACCACCGCAAUGAAGAACUUCUGGCUGAAGCCAGGAUCCUGCGGCAGCACAAAAGCCGCCUGGAGACGCGCAUGCAGAUCCUUGAAGACCACAACAAGCAGCUAGAGUCUCAGCUGCAACGCCUGAGGGAGCUGCUCCUGCAGCCACCCAGUGAAUCAGAUGGCAAUGGCUCUGCAGGCUCCUCCCUAGCUUCCUCUCCACGCCAGUCAGAAGGCAGUCAUCCCCGGGAGAAGGGACAGACUACUCCAGACACUGAGGUUGCAGAUGAUGUGGGGUCAAAGAGUCAGGAUGUCAGCCUAUGCUUAGAAGACAUCAUGGAGAAGCUCCGCCAUGCCUUCCCCAGUGUGCGAAGCUCUGAUGUGACUGCAAACACUCUGCUGGCCUCUUGAUGGAGUCAGCGCCCCAUCCUGUAGCUCAUAGUCCUUUCCCCAUUCUUGUCAAUGCCUUCCUUCCCUUAACCUUUGCCCAAACUUUCCAGGAACCACUGGCCCCACGUUCCUCAGCCAGAGAUGUUUGGACCUGGGGCAGCAGCAGAGAUCUAAUGGUAUGUGAGAUGUGGUGGGGGAAGAGGGGAGGAGAGGUGUGUUUCCUCUGACUCUAGAAAUGUACCAAAUAAUCCUUAAGAUUGAGCUUGUCCCUCAAUGUUAUUCUGCUCUUGCAGCCCAGACAAAGGCACUUGUCACCCAGAUAAGGAGCAGAAAGUUACCUUGCAGAGCUAAGCAGUGCCCACUGGUCCCUUUCACUUCUUCAUGGAAUCAUAGAAGUGAAAGACUAAUGGCCCCAAGGUCCUGAAUUAUUGAUUCCCCCAAGGGUUAUUCCUACCCUCUGGCUCAACUGAAAGAGACAAAUGGUUAUGGCUGAGAUACUCCUCCAAAGUGCCCCUUGGGAAGUCUGGGCAGUUUAUGUCCCAUUAAUUCAGCUCCGGAGCAUAGUUCUUACCUCUCAUUCUAUCUACAUGGUGUUUUCCUCCCGUGUCUUUGAUUUAUCCUGCCACAGUACAUACCAGAGCUUCUCUGGUGAAGGAACAAUUCACUGUAGAUAUGCUUCCACCCGAUAUUUGGAAACAUUAAAGAAAUACUUGUUUCUUUAUAUCCCCUCUCCCCAUGCUCCUGUUUCCUGAUGGUCUUGGCAUCCCAAGAGACUCAUUGAGAUGCUCUGGAAGCCCAUCUGAAGCCACUCUUUUUGGUUUUCUGAGUCUAUCCUCACUGAUCUGCUAGCAGGAAUGGCAGCUUCUUCAAAGAGUGCUCUCUCUCUCUCUCUCUCUCUCUCUCUCUCUCUCUCUCUCUCUCUCUCUCAAAAGAAACAGAAACCCUCUAUUCUAGGGGAGUAUGGGCCUGACGCUGUCCAGGAUAUAACCAUGUGAUAGCAUAGGUUGGACUGGGUGAGAUGGCUGAUUGGCCCCAGAUAUUCACUGGAAAGUUCCAACUGACCAGCCUGAAUAAUGAUCCCUGCUUCAAAGCUACUAGACUUGAAUCAGAAAACUGGCCACAUUCCACCCAAGAUGGAAUAGCAGCAAGGUCUUCCUGCGCAUAAAACUGUUGCUAACACUGAAAGGUGAACCCAGUCCUCAAAAUGAGUUAACUUUUCCUAGGCUGUAUAUACUCUGACUCCUCUGUCCAGCAACUGUUCAAAAUAGAGUGUGGAUGUGAAAAGAGUGGCUUAGGGAACGUGGAGCAGAGACAGAGUGCAUUUACACUACUUUUUACCAAGGAGAGCUUUCACCCCAGAGCCUUGCA